AUGCCGCCGAAGCGGAAGGCCGAGGCGAAGGCGGAGGGGAGCGUCGGCAAGCGCACGCAGGCGAGGCUCGACGCCGAGAAGAAGGCUGCCGAGGAGAAGGAGCGGCAGCGCGAGCUGGAUCUCGCGACCAAGAUCGAGGCGCCGCCGCCGAAGGCCAUCCGGGAGCUCUGGGCCAAGUGCGGCACCAACAAGCAGAAGCUGGAGGAUAUGCUGGGCAACGUGAACAGCAACGAGAAGAAGCCCCUCUUCAGCGCGAUGAGCUACUUCUUGCGCACGCAGCCCCCCGCGCGCCACGAGCAGCGCAGCCAGGCCGCCCAGAACGACCAGGCGAAG